AUGGGCGACGCACAGGAAGCUCAGGCAGCAGGGGUGCUCAGGUCAAUGAAGCUUGCUUCAGAGACGGUGCGCUCUGCCAUAGCCACCGCCAUCCCCGUUGCUAGCAAUCAAGUUUUGACGGUCUCCCUCCCCGGAACCGUAAUCGACUGGAAGGAGUACUACUACAAUGCGGACAAGUACAUCAAGCCUCCUCUAGAUAUUCAAGUCAAGGAAGCGCGGCUUGUAGAUGGCAUGAUACCUCUAUCGAAGUUUACUGCCGGGAAAACAGGCAAAAGCGUAGCCCGCAGCUACUUGGCCACGCUUGACCUGCUUAUUCCCGUCGAAGCGUCUGUCUCCGGCGUCAUAGGGAACGAGACUGGCGAAGUAGCCGACGAGCGACUGAGAACCAUCAGAGACCGUUAUAAAUUGUCCAUGUCUUACCUCACUUCUCCGGACGAUACUCCGACUGGCGCCGGCAGAACCAAAGUCGAUACAUACGUACAGAAACAGUCUGCAUGGGCUGAACAGGUCGCCGCCUAUUCACAUGCUCAGAGCGCUGCGUUGAGGGAACUCAGCGGUCCUGGAGCAACCCCUUCACAGCAAAAAGAGGCGAGGGAGAAGUAUAUGCAGUGGCUACAAGAGAAUGCGCGUAAUUUCAAGAACAAUAUACAAACCAAGUAUAUGGAUUGGGUAGUUCACGGCUACAAGUUCUUGGUUGACUUCCAUUUUGGAGUUGUCGACAUUUCGUCCGGUAUGAAGCGCAUUGAAAACAGCAAAGAGGCAUACCGCAAUCUCACAAUCAUUGCUUCGGACGGCUCGAGUGAAUACAACGGAGUCGUGCUCACACCGAGUACCUGGGCAAAAGAAGUGGCUCUCAAGGUGCUUCAUUGGAAAGCAAACAAUCAUGGACCUAGCAUUGCCGAAGUUCGCGCUGAGCUUCGCCGCCUGCAAAACCUACUUGCCUCCCACGAAACACUCAAAGAUGCAAUUAACAAGAACCAAUUUCAUCCUGUGCUCGAAGUCAAUAAGGAAGCAGACCAGACGAAUCUAAAGUCAGCAUAUCUCGAUGUGUAUUCUGCCAUGGAUGUCCUGAACGGGGGAACCAAGGACAACCAAAAGUCUGGCGGCGAUAUUCUUGAUGCAUUGGUUAAAGCGCAAAAGGAGCAUACAGAGACCAGCCUUAAGCGAAACAAUGCAACCAUACGGGACAACACCGCAGAGAGCAAGAGUGCCGCCCUUGGAUGGUUGGAUACCAGAAUCGAGCAACUGAAGACCGAAAUCGGCGAACUCAAGACCAGACUAGGCAUGCCCAGUUCAGCACCUGAGCCGGGCCAGCUUGCAGGAAAGCUUCUUGACCUGCCUGUGGUUGAUGGGAAUGGUAUUCAGGUAAAAGGAGACCAAAUUGCGAUUGAUCCAUUCAUCAAUGCACGCGACACGAAACCAAACGGCAUCAAUUUGGCAGACGAAAAUACGUGGAGAAAUGCUCCUGAACACCAGCCUGACCCAUGGACUAAGGCACACAAAGACUUCACAAUCAGCUUCGGCAGUUGCUGCGAAGGCUGGCUGGGGGCUUUGGAGCGCCUCAGUUGGUGGAGGCCACAGCUCAAGCAGCGCAACAAUGCCCUUCCUGAUAUCAUGUACAGACAAGCAAUGCAAUCAAUGUCGAAUCUUGACGUUGAAGUCAAUAUGAGCUGCAUGGUUGUAGAGAUCGAGCGACCUUGGCUUCAUGCCGAGCUCUUUGCAGAUGCAGAGCUAGACUCUGGAAAAUUCGAUAUUUCACCUGGCGAAGAUGCUUUGAAGAAGCAUUUUGAGGAGGGGACAAAUCCGAAGGGAGAGUAUCAGCAAUUCUCUUCGUACCCGACCGCCUUUGUCCUGGCGGCAGAUAUUGAACUAAGCUUCUCUGGCGAUACGACCAAGCUCGAAAGUGCCGUCUCAGCGUCUUCCACGGAAGUCAACGCGUCUGUUGGAUGGGGCCCGUUCGCUGUAUCUGGCUCUCAUAGUUCAUCAAAGUCGCAGUCGCGCACCAAGAUGGAAUCCACAGCCAACGGAUGCAGGAUCUCGGUCGAGGCGCCUCAAAUAGUCGGCUGGGUUCAGACAUUGCUUCCACAACUCCCGAAGCCCGUCAGGGGGGUUAGCACUAUGACAGGUUUGUUCAGUUAA